UGAAUCAGAAAGUAUACCAAAAUGCAUGCGUGUAUACGAACAUAUUGCAACAUAACGAUUUAGUUUCAAUAGAUAGCGCUACAGUCAAUGCAUUAACACUUCACACGGCAAAUUGUUGGCCCCAAGUAAAUCUGUCGAAAAAUUCUGGACAAGAGGUCGAACGUGUGAUAGUGUUGUAUUGAAACGUGUGCGUACUGAAAAAGAUUUCUCGGAGUAAAAAAGUGUAAGAAGUAGUGUUGAGCCGUUGGACAGGGCGCCCAAGGAUCAAGAUACGUGCCUGAUCCAUCUUAAGCGCGGUGAGCUGUCGCGCUGGUGGGCCUAGCAGACGACAUGUUGGCUGCAGGGAGCACCUCGUCUCGAAUGUUUUGGCCGCGAAUUUCCUCUGGGAUUGUUGAGUGAGGAGAGUGAGCGAACGCAGUGAAAGCGAGGUGGAAAGAGAGUAAGACCACUCGAGGGUGUGUGCGAGAGAAGGCACACGAUUGGGUUCCUCGAGUGGUGGUUGUGCUGUGGUCGUCGACAAGAAGCUCGGACGGAGAGGGGUAGACGAACGAGAGACGGGGAGGGAGAAUCCGGACGAGCCUUCGAAAAAUUAAAAGAGUCAACGAAACGAAAAUUAGAGAGAGAGAAGCGGAAAUCGGAACGACUGGGCUUCUUCGACUGGACUUCACCUUGCAGAUGAAAACCCUGGAGGAACAGUGAGGUGAACCUGCAGAAUAGAGUUCAAGGAAAGAAAAUUCGCGAGAUCAUAAGAAAAAAAAAAAAGACAAAAGAAAAAUCGACGAAAACCGCUCCAAUCGCGCGAAUCUUUCUCAUCCAUAGGAGCUGUCGAUUCCACGACUUUGUCCGAUUUGCUCGAAUAACGAGCUAACAACGUACCGGAGCCGAUCUAUUUUAAUUUCUCGUUGUUCUGUCUGAAGGGUAGGGUGAGGCAAGGCGAGGUCGAGCUGUCGUAUACACGCGUUCGAGUCCCUUCCUCCUGAAACGAUUUCGCGUGUGUCUCGUGUUCGCGGGCCAUCACAGGAGGCGCAUCGGACAGUGCACGUCAACCUAUUAUCCCAGUCCCGGUCUUGCUCCCACUCUCGAGUGUUGGUCGUGCCUCGUGCGUACUCCCUCUAUCACAACCUGCCGCGAGUGUCUCGCGGCCGGUUUUCGUCAGUGUUCCAACCGAGGAUUUCGGAAGUGAUUUCGUUCUGUCUGUAUUCACAAGCAUUUCCUCGUCGAAUCAGCGAUCAAUCAAAUCGUGCGGCCUGGUAUUGUCGCACGAUACGCUCACGUUCUUCCGAGUGGAUCAAUUUGUUAUCAGGCUAGGUGUCACGACCUGUAAACUCGUCGUUUCACCAAGCUCGGACUCGUCGUCGUAGAAACUCUGGUACUCGAUAUCGACACGUUUCAGACACUGAUGAUCAUUCCGAUCCUGCUUCUCCUGUAUAUUUGUACUUAAAAUACGCACAAAAGUCGAUCGUUGUUCGAAGCCAGCGUGUUGGACCAGCAGCACCGUCGUUGAUCGUGCGUGCAGCUAUGGUUUCGCGAGCAGUGCGAGAUAGUGACAGAGAAGCCGCGAAGUGAAUCGAGUGUGAGUGCAACUGAGAAAAGACAUCAAGAAAUAUAUAUAUAUAUAUAUAUAUAUACAUACAUAUAUAUAUACAUAUAUAUACGCACGCAUAGUGUUGUGAGUGUACAAAACGGAGAUAGUAAACGCGCGACAGAGACCAGAAAGGAGAAAGACUGGCGCAUGAGAGAGGGAGAAGGAGAGCACGAUAGAGAGAACGAGGGAGGGAAGGAGAGGGAGAGAGCGAGAGAGAGAGAGAAAGAGUUCGAUAGAAGGACGAAACUCAAGUGUGGAGAAGCGCGAUACGGUGAUAGAUAAGUAUCAGAGUGACAGACACGGCCGGAACGAAGGAACAAACUUGCAGUAGGUAUAUACGCGGAAAGGGAGUGAAUCUCUGUACGAACUGUUGGUACCGGGGAGUAUACUUAUCGAACGUCACAUUCACGCGAGAUAAACAACACGCGCCGACGGGUAGACUCGUUGCGCGAGUCUAUUCUCUCCCGCUCGGGAGUAACACAGUGGUGAGAUAUAUCGUCUUUCACUAAGCCGUGAACAACAGAGAACAACAGAAGUGGAAGGGAAGAGCGAAGAGGGUGAGCCGCGCGUGUCUCUCUCGUGGUGUGUCAUGGGGUGUUUCGGCAGCCAGAGCAGUAAGGCCAGCCAGGAUGACAGCAAGAACCAGAAGAGGCGCUCGGAUGCCAUUACCAGGCAAUUGCAAAAGGAUAAGCAAGUUUACCGAGCUACCCACAGGCUCCUUUUGCUUGGAGCGGGAGAAUCGGGGAAGAGCACUAUCGUCAAACAGAUGAGGAUAUUGCACGUGAAUGGUUUCACCGAAGCGGAAAAGCGGCAAAAAAUUGAGGACAUCAAAAAGAACAUCAGAGACGCGAUACUGACGAUAAUUAGCGCGAUGAGCACUCUAACACCACCCGUUGCUUUGGAGGAUCCGGCGAAUCAGAGUAAAGCCGACUAUAUCGUGGAUGUCUCGUCCGCCACGGACUUCGAUUAUCCCCCGGUGAUUUUCGAUAUCGUAACAUCCAAUGUUUAA